UUCCCGGACCCCGCUUACGUGGUUUCCAUAGCUACGCGCCCGCCGGAAGGCCUAGGUUUGGCGCAGCCGCAGGAGCAGCGCGGAGCAGAGAAGCACCAAAAGAGGAGCCUUGAAAUGGAGACAGAUUUCCAGCCCUUUGCUGAUCACCGCCAUAGUUGCGUGCUAUGUCCAUGGCUGAUACAACAAAACCCCACACAGAUGAGCCCUUCGUGGGAGUGGCCCUGGAGACCGGCGGCCAGCCCCCCAGCAGCAGGCGGUCCAGUGGCAGCGUGGACUACAGCCGGUCCCAGUGCUCCUGCGGGAGCCUACAUUCUAACUGCGACUACUCCGAGGAUUUCAUCUCCCUGUGCUCCCACCCAGCCGCAAACAGAAACUAUGUGGAGCAGCUGGGCGUGAAAGAGAAGAAAAAGCCCAACGCUUCCAAACUCGCCCCACCCAAGGGUCAGAAGGGAAUCUCCAUUGGCAAAAAGCACCCCUGGGACGCGCCGUGCCUGCAUUCCCAGCUCGGCCUGCUCGCCCACCGGAGAGAUGCCACGGCCCACCGGAUCCUCUCCGCGCGGCUCCACAAGAUCAAAGAGCUGAAGAACGAACUGGCUGACAUCCGCCGGGAGCUGGAGGCCGUCCUCGCGGAAAACCAGUUUUUGAAACAACUCCAGUUCAGGCACUUGAAAGUGAUAGGAAAAUACGAGAACUCGCAAAGCAACUUGCCUCAGGUGAUGAUUAAACAUCAGAAUGAAGUGAAGACUUUAAGGCAGCUUCUUAGGAAAUCCCAAGAGAAGGAAAGAUCGGUCUCUAGGAAACUCAGAGAGACCGACAUCGAGUUGCUGAAGACCAAAGACGCCCUGAAGGCGCUGCAGAAGCUCUCCGAGGACAAAGACCUUGCAGAAAGGGAAGAACUGACCCAGAAACUGUCUGCUCUGACGGCAAAAAUGGAGGCGAAUGACAAGAAAAUACAGAGCCUGGAAAGACAGCUGAGGCUGAAUACUCGGGCCUUCAGCCGCCAGCUGGCCACGGAAAACCGGAAGACGCAGGCAGCUCAGACAGCCACGAAGUCCCUGCAGGCGGAGGUCAGGCACCUGCAGCAGAAGCUCAAGGAAAAGGAGCGAGAGCUUGAAAUUAAAAACAUCUAUACUAAUCGAAUACUUAGAAAUAUACGGGAACUAGAAGAUUAUCCAAAAGUUUCUUCAACAAAAUCAGUACAAGCGGACAGAAAAAGCUUGUCAUUUAUAAGUGUAAGACACCAGGAAACCCAGAAGUCAGAGGACGUUCCGUCUUUGACAACUAAGGGUAAAAAGGUAACAAGAAACAUUCGUCCCAAAGAGAAAUCGAGAGAAAUAAACAGUGAAGUUCCUUACUAUAUCAGUAAACUGCCAAAGCAAGACGAUUCUAAGAGAAAAUUUGAAGAUGUGUCCAAGGAACAGGGAUACCUGGAAGUGCACGCCCCUCUGGAGAAUACCGGGAGACAUAAAGAGAAGGACGAUCAAGAAAAGAAACCCCUUUUGCACGAUCAGGAGCUGCUCCCCAAACACAUGCCAGCCGCCCCCACCGAUGGGGAGAGCGGUCAGGACGAGGACGCAGCUGCCGGAAAAGAAAAGUUUAACAGAAGCGUCCAGCCGCGCGAGGCGGAGGAGAGCUCGGAUCCGGGCGCCGGCCCCAACGCCAAGCCACCCUGCAGGCAGAGGAAGCUGUACUCGUUCACCGAAGCCACAGAAAACCUGCACCACGGGCUUUCCGCGUGCGGGGGGCACGGCACCCAUAGCCUGUUUGCAGGAUACAGUGAUUACACCCACUGGGAGCUGGCAUGCGGGUGUAACGCAGUAUAA